AAAUAUCAAAGUAUAACAAUUAAAAGAAACCGAUGAGUUGUAAAUUCUUAUGAAAUCUGAUAGUGAAUUAGGCAUUUCUCAGCUCAGAUCCUUCUUCCCCCAUAUUUCUGCACUGCUUAGUUCUUGGGAUACAUCACUUCUUAGAGAGAGAAUCAGAUAAGGACGAUAUGGCAACAACUGUUUUUACCCCAGCUUUGGAAGGAAUUAAGCUGGUGAAGUCAGAGGAUGGAGAAAUGUUAACCAAGCCUUUCUUGGAUGCGUGCAAGCACAUUCUGCCUGUCAUAGAUAAAUUUGGUGCUGCGAUGGCACUAGUGAAAUCUGACAUUGGCGGCAAUAUUACGAGAUUGGAAAACAAGUACAACUCGGAUCCAGAAAAUUUUAAGUACUUGUAUAGUAUGGUACAGAUAGAGGUUGAAACUAAAACAGCUAAAGGAUCAUCCAGCUGUACCAACGGUCUGCUUUGGCUAACGAGAGCUAUGGAUUUCUUGGUGGAAUUAUUUCGCAAUUUACUUGAGCAACCAGGCUGGUCAAUGUCUCAAGCUUGUACUGAUUCCUAUGGCAAGACCUUGAAGAAAUGGCAUGGGUGGCUUGCCAGUUCCAGUUUCUCUAUUGCGAUGAAAUUAGCUCCUGAUCGGACCAAGUUUAUGGAGGUGCUGGGGGGUGAGGCUGCCAAGUGCGAUAUUGAGCAGUUUUUGACCACUUUUACUCCACUGCUUCAACAGAACCAUAAGUUUUUGGCUAGUGUGGGCUUGGAUGACAUGAAAGCUUCUUAAUUCACAAAGAAACUUACAUCUGUGCUGCUAAGUUAGAAACACGGUCGUUCGAUCAUCUACAUCUCAACAUAAGGGUUCACAGACCAGAUAUUGAAAUUCCUUGUUUCUGCUAUAACCAUUUCUGGUGACAUACUACUUGGUUUAGUGUAUACUAAUUAACCGUGUUCGUGCCUGGUGUUGAGGCUAUAUGAUAUGAUCCUUGAAGAUAAUUGAUGUUUUUAUGACAUUGCUUGUGUCCUUCAGAACCUCUUUUUGCAGCAGGUUCUUCUGCAUCUUCUUCAAUCUGCAUGGUUGUGCACCUGUUAAGUGUUGAAUAUGAGCUCACUUGGCCUUAAAACCCUUAAAACAUUUCAUGAAUGUUGUAUUAAAAGAGGCUCAUGGUCCUUCAACAUCACUGUGUUUGUUAUUGUUAGUAUAUUUCAUUAUUUUUGAUUUCCUUUUCUGUA